GAAGCGGGUUCAUUUCUUUCAGUCAGUCAUCAUUGCACCAGCUGAACUCCGCUAAGGGGCUUUUUGCCUUUAUGAAUGCAAUAUAUUUUCUGAUUUUUCGUUUCAGUCUCCAAUGCAACAGCGACUUUGCGAAGGGACAUUUGCCUUUGUGAAUGCACUUAUUUUCUGUAUUACUUAAAGUGGAAAGAAAUAAUGCAGACGUUGAUCAUCGUCAUUUUCCUAAUCGGUCACAGUCAGUCCGAUGAAAGCCAACGGUUAGAUGGUAAUGUGAGUAACUUUGCUGUUGUAAAAGGUAGGAUUUACAUCGCCACGGACGACAGACUCUACCAGAUGCACAGAAACCUUACCGUGGAAAUAAGAAGUGACACGAAGCAAGAUGACAGGGUGAAGAUACUGGUGCCAUUUGAAAAGGAAAACAAACUGAUCAUCUGUGGAACCCAUGCUUGUGGGUACUGUGAGGUGCUAAAUCUGAAAAACAUUUCAAAAACGAUACAUAAAGAAUCAGUAGGCGCAGCUUCAUUUUAUCCAAAUGAAUCAUCACUUGGUUUCCUGGUCCACAUCGGAGAUAGCACAAAUAAGCUUGAGACAUACCUUCUGACCGGAGCAGUGCUGAAACGUCCAAAAACUUGUGAUUUCGAUCUUUUUUUCCUAGCUCUUAGAAACCUAAAUUAUUCGCAGAACGGAGGGAUAUUUUCAGCGCUUGGAGAUCAAGGUCCUGUACACAUCAGAUCUAGAAAACAAGAGUGGAUGUUUUUGGAUUUCGAGUUUGUGGAUGGCUUCCAAUAUGAGAAACACAUUUAUAUAUUAGUUCAUUUUAACAUAAGCGGUCCCCAACCACAAGUUCGACUACUGUCGAUGAAGAAAGGAACGACGAAGACCAACACACUGAAGUCCUUCAGAGGUACAACCAUUCACUGUUGUGGGAGCAAAAACUACACACAGCUCGCCUCCUCUGCUGUGGUUGGAGGUUCCCCACUUCUUUGGGCAGGUGUCUUCAAAGCAGACUCCGAGAGUACAGCACUAGCCAUUUUCAAUAUCUCACAAGGAGCCUCUUAUGGAGUUGGAGAUCUGGAUUUUUGCGUCUUGGGUUCGUGCUAUAAUUCGUUUAAGGAAGGAUCACAAAAUAUGGCACCAAAGGCCGUUUAUGAGUACCCGUCGAUGACGUCAGUGGCUGUGUCAGUGGAUGUGACUGUCAGUUCCUGGAUGAUGUUCUUUAUCGGGACAGCAGAGGGGCAGCUAAUAAAGAUUUCAAUGGACAAGGGCAUGAAACCAACCUGUCCCAUCGUCCUGUACAGAUCUAACGACGAACACCCUGUACAUUCCAAAAUGAUUUUGGACCCGGUAGAUAAGAAACACAUCUACUUGGCUUUGGGAAAUCAGAUGAAGCGAGUGCCUGUGGCUCAGUGCGGGAGGUAUAACAACAUGAGGGACUGCUGGCUCUCCCAUGAUCCCCUCUGUGGGUGGUGUGCUUCUGCGAGUAGGUGCACAUUUCAUGACGAGUGCCUCAGAUCAACGUGGAUCACCAUCCCUGAUGGUUCAGUGCAGGAACAAAUGAUCUCCUUCCAAGUAGAUGAAACACCAUCUCACGAGGAGAUCAUAGUGAGUGUGACGGCUCACCUGAGGGUGGUAGCUCCAGAAGCCCCCGUCUUCUCUUGCGCAUUCACUACUGAACAGGGGGAGAGUCUGUGUGCCGGGUCUGAGAAUAUCGCGGUAUUCCCCAACUGCUUCUGUGUCUUCUUCAGGGAGAACUUACCUGCAGGAGGCCUUGGGGUAACAGUGAUGAUCUCAAUAGACAGCCAGACAUCCUCUGAAUCCUGGAAUUUGAAGAACUGCUCUCUCAUCCAAGGAAAACCCACAUUCGCCCUGUGCUCAGAGUGUGUUGCUGCUGGCUGCCUAUGGUCCUUUACACAACGCAUUUGUGCCUGGAUGCCUUUGAACUCAUACGAGACUGACAAACAGGACACAUGUCAGAAGUACCCCUCCGGACUGAAUAUCUCUAAGCCAGAAAUUGACUCAAUACAUCCAAAUGAAAUAUCCUUCUAUGGAAAAAACUAUGCAAACAUCACGGGGAAACACCUGGAUCAUGUGACAAAGAUACGUAUCCAUGGGAACAAUGACUGCAAUCUGAAGAAGGUUCCGUUCCAGAGCCGCUCCAGUGAUAGGCUGACGCUGCACAUUCCGGGCGGGAACAAGGGCAGAAUGACAGUUUGCGUGGAGCUCCCUGACGGGACGUGUUAUGGCUCAGCCGUGGUCACCUACAGGUCCUUACCGUCCUGCGACCUCCUGUCACCCAGCACCAGCUGGGCCAGUGGGGGCAGAGCGAUCAAUAUUCUGGGCACAAACCUGCAGUUUGUGGACUGGAUAGAACAUAUGGACCCCCCACAGAAGCUUGGUGUUCAAUUCAAUUCUUCAAAUCUGGUGUAUUAUACUCCUUCAAUUGGAGCUGAAACAAGAAGAAACACCACCUUCAGACUGAAGGUUGCAAAUGAAACGAUCAGAUGUGCGACCCUUACAUACCACCCGGACCCUGAGUUUAUCAGGUUCACCACAUCGUCAUCUGGAGACAAUUUACAAAUCACUAUUGAGAAAAAAGUGGACAAACUGAACAUAUCAGAGAAGGAAAUGAAUAUAUUUGCCCUGGAGGGUGACACAGAGUACAAAUGUGAGGAGCAUAAAAUUGAGCAUAGUAAAUUGUUUGGGGUGGAUACCAUUGACUGUCAAAUACUCCAAAAAUGUAAUGCCAAGAUAGAGUUAGUGAAGAUACAUAUCGGAAAUGAUAUAUUUGAAGUAACCGGGCCACGUAAUAUGUCGUACUGGAUUAUAUCGAUCUUCAUCAUCAUACCUGCGAUUAUCGUUGUGUCAGUUGUCGUGUGGAUUUACCUUUCAAAACGCAAGAAUCAAAUGAAUGAACGUCUAGAACCGCUGGGGUGUGACAUCAGAAAUGAGAUUCGGCAAGAUGAGCCUAUGGAAACGCAAGAAACACAAUGUCAACUGUAGAAGAAAAAGCAAACGAAUGCGUCAGGCUGAAAAACCACACUUACUCACUUAGAAGAGAACAUUAAUCAAAUAUUAAAGUAUGAUUAAGUAUGCCUGUAUAUUUUCAAACUGAUAAAGUGCUCAUUUGUGCUAGAAGUACACAGUGACACAUAUGUAACCGGAGUUGAAUAAAAUAAUGUGUAUGCCCAUAUGUAACCUGAAUUGAAUACGAUAUUGUGUAUGCUUAAAAGGAAAAUUGGAAAGUACAGAAUAGCACCAUGUUUUGCAUAAUUAUCUUUUAUGAUUCCUCUUUGUUAAAAAGCAGUUUGUGGGACGGGGGCGUCUUGAACAGCUUGCAGGGCAGGGCGUCUUGCUUUGUAGACUGUCAUUUUCAAGGACAGUUUACAGAACAAGAUGUCUGGUAUGCUUGUACAAUGUAAUAAGAACAGCUUACAAAGCAAAAAUAUCUUGUAGGCCUGUGAAGUAUAAUAAAAACAUUUAUUUUUAAGAGGUAAUUUGGGCAAUUGCCACAAUGAUGUUGGCACCCAAGAGUGCACAAUCAUUGUGGCGCCACAGAGACCAGCUGGUGUUUUUAGGGAUGUUUUAGGAGGAGUUACGUUGAACACAGUGUAUAAAAUGGGUGUAAAACUGACAAUCGAGGUUCAACUCUGCAGAGUUGUUCUUGUGCUAAUAAAGUCAGAUUUUUCUGAA